AUGAAACUGGAGCGGAGGCUGGCCGAGCGCAUCCAGGCCUUGGAGAUAGCUCUGGAUGACGAAACCGCCAACCAGAAGGAGCUCGAGAAGCGGCAGAAGAAGAGGCAUGCCCGUCAAGAGCGACUCAAGAAGGAGUUGGAGCCAUGCGAGUGGAUCAGGUUUUCAAUGGACUGGAACGAGAAAAGCAAGGACCUAAUCCAGAAGAAGGCCAGUGAGAUCGGCUUUACCUUCAACGGCUGUAUCGUCGACGGUGAAGAUGGCAAUUGCAACAGCUACUUUGUCGAGCUAAUGCGCCGUCGUAUCGAUCGUUUGUCGCCGAGCUGA